CAUUCGUGUUUUCAAAAUUCCUCGUUUACUUCCGAAAGGCUCGUGGUUAGUAAACAUGACAUUUAAGAUCACUGUUUAGUAUUAUUUUGUAAAAUAAUAUAUCCGUUCGCUUGGUAAAGAAUAGCGUUUGUGUUUUGUUUCGAUAAUUUAGCCAACUAUGGUCCGUUAGCCAGAGACAAUGGAGUUUGUUGUCUCUGUUGUCGGUUUCUAACUUUACAUUGAUAAUAUAAUAUAUCAUAAUGCUAUAGCUUUAGUAUUUAAACGGCAGUAAUGUAUACUGACCACCACAUAAACGAGAUUGUGGUAAAACGUAACACUUCGUCUUCAAGAAAGAGAUCAAGAGAUGGUGUAAGAAGUCACAUCACUCCAGCCAAGAAAAGGUCCAGUGUCACAUCAGACAUGACUGAAAGUAAAAACACAGAGCUGUGUUGCAGUGACGAUGAGGAUUUAUUCGAAGGUUAUGACAGCAUUGUGGGUGACAGCUCCUUUCUGGCCAAACUUGAAGACGUGGAGCUCCAAAUGAGGCAACCUCACAUAGACCAGGAGACUCCACAGUUCUGUGAACAUCAUCUCACAGACUCCAUCUUAGCAGAGGAUCUCACAGAUUCACCACUGAGAGCUUUGCCAAGCUCGCAACUUGCAUUUCAACAAGAAGUCUCAACGCCACAAAAAAACACUAACAUGGGCACACAUAACACCUCCACUCCUGAACACAGGGUGACUGUCAAUAAUGCAAACAAGCCACCCCCAAGGACCAGAAGAAGCAUGAAGGACCAUUUAAAGAAAGUACUGAUUGAUAAUGCAGCAACAUCUAGCACAGUCUCCAAAACAGUUCGACAGAAGGAAGCUGUGAUGACUGAAGAGAUGAGUGUUGCCAUGAAGGCCAUAGAAACCAUCUCCACAGAGGGCGACCUGGGCCCUUUCUUUGGUCUCCCAUCCAAAGUUAAGGAUCUUAUCUUGAGAUUGAAGGGAAUUCAGGAUUUGUAUGAGUGGCAGAAGACAUGUUUGAGCCUGGAUUCAGUGCAGCAAAGAAGAAAUCUCAUCUAUUCUUUACCAACAAGUGGAGGAAAGACUCUAGUGGCAGAGAUCCUUAUAUUUAAAGAGCUCUUAUGUAGGAGGAAGGAUGCAUUGCUCAUUUUACCAUAUGUAUCCCUGGUGCAGGAAAAGGUUCGUGGGUUGUCCAGCUUUGGAAUUGAGUUGGAUUUUAUGGUGGAGGAGUAUGCUGGAAGUAAGGGAAGGUUUCCUCCGGUAAAGAGAAGAAACAAGAACUCUCUGUACAUCACCACCAUUGAGAAAGGACACAGUCUUGUGAACUCACUAAUAGAGACUGACCGUCUUGACAAUAUCGGUCUGGUUGUUGUAGAUGAGCUCCAUAUGCUCGGUGAUGGCAGCAGAGGGGCAAUUCUUGAAAUGACUUUGUCGAAAAUUCUGUACAUGAGCAAAUCAACGCACAUUAUUGGAAUGAGUGCAACCUUAGGCAACGUUGGAGACCUUCAAACUUUUCUGAAGGCUGAAAACUACACUAAUGACUUUAGGCCUGUUGAACUGAAAGAGUAUGUGAAAAUCAAGGAUAGCAUAUAUGAAGUUGACCCAAGAGAAGAGGAAUGCUUCAGAUUUUCACGGCUGUUGAAUUUUAAGUACUCCAGUGGAAUGCAGAAGAUGGAUCCUGACCACAUCAUAGCUCUGGCGACUGAAGUGAUUCCUCAGCAAUCUUGCCUCAUAUUCUGUGCCACCAAGAAAAACUGUGAGAAUCUGGCUGGAAUGAUCUGCAAGUAUUUAAAUAAAGAAUUUUUAAAGCACAAGGAAGCCAAAAAAGCCACACUGCUGGGUGAACUGAAGAACAGUGGUAAUGGAUCCCUGUGUCCCAUCCUGCGGAAGACGGUGCCCUACGGGUUGGCCUACCACCACAGCGGUCUCACCACUGAUGAGAGGAAACUAGUGGAGGAAGCCUAUUCCUCAGGAGUGCUCUGCCUCCUAACCUGCACCUCCACCCUCGCUGCUGGGAUCAACCUACCUGCACGCAGGGUGAUUUUGCGGUCUCCAUAUGUAGCUGCAGACUUCAUAAAGAGAAGUCAGUACAAACAGAUGGUAGGAAGAGCCGGACGAGCAGGUAUCGAUGCUAUGGGUGAGAGUAUCCUUAUCCUGCAGGACAAAGAUAUACCAAUGGCUAAAAAGCUAGUGUCUGCACCAAUGGAAAAAUGUUACAGCAACCUGCUGCAUGAUGGGGGACGGGGCCUCCUCAGCCUUAUUUUGUCUCUCAUUGGCCUGAAGAUAAGUACAACAGUCGAACAAGUGAGGGAUUUUAUGAAAGGCACUCUCAUUAGUGUGCAAGAAGCUCAAGUGACUCCAGAGAAAAGUUUGUUGGAUCUUACGGUGGAGUGCAUAGAAACACUAAAGCAGAAAAUUCUAAUCGAAGCGUCUGCUGAUGAAAACACACUGCAAAUCACCAGGCUCGGGAGAGCAACUUUUAAAGGUGCAGUAGAACUAAGCUACUGUGAUCUCUUAUACCGAGAUCUAUCUAAAGGGCUGGAGGGUUUAUUGCUGAAUAGUUUUCUUCAUUUGGUGUAUCUGGUUACUCCCUAUGACCUGGUGACUCAAUGCAAGCCAGACUGGAUGAUCUACUUCAGGCAGUUUACAAAUCUGUCUGCUGCUGAACAGAAGAUGGCCACUGCAGUCGGAGUCGCUGAAAGUUUUGUAGCCAGGAAGGCAGCAGGACAGAGCGUGAGAAAGUCUGUGGACAAUGUGGUGGUGAACAGGCUGUACCUGGCAUUGGUGUUGUACUCUCUACUUAAGGAGACAAAUCUGUGGAUUGUGUCAGAUAGAUUUCAGCUGACCAGAGGCUUCGUACAGACUCUCCUGAGCUCAGCCUCAGCUUUUGGCUCAUCUGUGAUGCACUUUACUGAGGAGUUGGAGGAGUUUUGGCCCUAUAAGGCUCUGAUUUUUGAGCUCACACGCAGACUGACAUAUUGUGUACAGGCUGAGCUCAUUCCAUUGAUGGAAGUGGCUGGAGUCAUGGAGCAUCGUGCUAAGCAGCUCUAUAAUGCUGGUUACAAGACACUGGCGCAUCUCGCCAACGCUGACCCACAGAUUCUGGCUCAAACUAUUGAAAACCUCUUCAAGAGGCAAGCCAACCAAAUUAUUGCAUCAGCAAAAAUGUUAAUAAAAGAGAAAGCAGAAGCCUUGCAGGAGGAAGUGGACGAUUUGCUUAUGUUGCCGUCUGAUCUCCCAUCAUUAUAAGUGUUUAUUUGUAUUUAUUUGAUGUAAAAUAAUAUGUAUAUAUUUAUUUUUACUGGCAUUAUGUAAAAUAUUUUUGCCUAUUUGUUUGGCUAAAAUUAAAGUGAAAGUAAUCUCGUUUUCAA